GAGACGGACUCCUGUGCGCGUGCUCGUGAAUCAGGAAAUAUGGCGGCGCUCACACCGCUCAGUCAGUUAUCAAGUGGAAACCCUGCAUAUGAGAGCUUCUACAGACAGGUGGAUCCGGGAAACACUGGGAAAGUGGGAGCUGCAGAAGCCGCUCAGUUCUUAAAGAAAUCUGGGCUUUCGGACAGCACAUUGGGUCAGAUCUGGGAUCUGUCAGACACAGAGAGAAAAGGUUACUUGGAUAAAAAGGGUUUCUUCACUGCUCUGAGGCUGGUGGCGUCUGCUCAAGGAGGAAGUGAUGUCAGUCUAAACAGUUUAAGCCAGAACAUCUCUGCACCCAUCCCUAAAUUUAGAGAUGCCGGCAGCCCGUCCCUGAACAUCACAACCUCUGCUGCUGAUUCCAGCUGGACAAUAAAGCCGGAGGAUAAAGCAAAGUAUGAUGGGAUAUUUGAGAGUCUGUCUCCAGUUGGUGGGCUCCUGUCAGGUGAUAAAGUGAAACCAGUCCUAAUGAACUCGAACCUGCCUCUCGAUGUACUUGGAAAGAUUUGGGAUCUCAGCGACAUUGACAAAGAUGGACACUUGGAUAAAGAUGAGUUUUCAGUGGCGAUGCACCUGGUUUAUGCAGCCAGAGAGAAGGAGCCUGUGCCGUCAACCCUCCCCACCACUCUCAUCCCUCCAUCCAAGCGGAAGAAGAUCGCAGGCUCUCUUCCGGGAUCCGUUCCUGUUCUUCCCUCUAGUCCGUUCCUCCUGAAGGAGAACCUGCGGCCCACGGCGGCGCUUUCCAAGAGUCCUCUGAGUAGCAGCACAAACCUGUCUCCGUCAAACUCAUUCAAGCGCUCCACCCCGACGCCUCCGCUGCUUCAAACACUCACACAGCAGCCGUCGUCUGAUCACUGGGUGGUGCCAGCGGAAGACAGAGAGCAGUACGAGGAGAUCUUUGAGCUGGCAGACUCUGAUUUUGAUGGGAUGGUUGGAGGAGGUGAAGUGAAGGAUAUCUUCAUGAACUCACGGCUGCCUCAGAGUGUCCUGGCACACAUAUGGUCACUGGCGGACACUCAGCGUACCGGCAAACUCACCAAAGAGCAGUUCUGUCUGGCGAUGCACCUGAUUCAGGAGAAAGUGAAAGGAGUGGAUCCUCCUCAGAGUCUGACGCCUGACAUGAUACCGCCGUCAGAGAGAGGAGCCGCCAGCACACCGAUUCUCUCUGGAUUCACAUCAUCAGUCGCGUCUGAAUUGACUCCAUUGACCAGUCUGAGCAGGGACAGCAACAGUUCUGUUGGGUUGGUUGAGCUGACGGGAAUCAAGGAGCUGGAUGACAUCAACCAGGAAAUCUCCCAGCUGCAAAGUGAGAAACGCAUAUUAGAGACAGAAAUCAGGCAGAAAGAGGAAGCCCUGCGACAGAAGAACGGUGAAGUGCAGGAGGUGCAGAGAGACCUGGAGCGUGAAAACGUGGGCCUUCAGGACUUGGAGCACCAGAAACGGGACGCUCAGGAGCGACUCAGUGAGAUGGAGCAGCAGAGAGCCAAACUGGAGAGCACGCUGGACGAGACCAAGAACAAGUGGCAAGAGGAGAACACUAAAAUCACAUCGCUGCAGACGCAGAUCCUGUCUCAGGAGUCAGACGUACAGAUGCAGGAGAAGGAGAUGAGCAGAACGAAGACGGACCUGUACUGUCUGGAACAAGAGGAGCAGCGUUUGGAGGACAGUCUGCGUGCCGGAAAAGCCAAGCUGGACAGCAUCCUCAAACUGCUGAAAACAUCGCAGGACGAGAUGGACCAGACGCGCAGUCAGCUCAGUGAGAUACAGGACGCGCAGCGGGAGCUCAAUAAGACCAUCGAGCGCUACAGCAAAGCUCUGGACGACAACGUGACCAGCCUGGCCGAACUGGACCAGCUCAUCGCUGAGGAAAGCAACACCACUGUCACUAAGGAGGAUUCAUUGGUUAAGUCCAGGAUGGCCAUGUUUAACAGUAGCGGCUCUCAAGGCCUGAACGCAGACCCCUUCCAGAGGGAAGACCCCUUUAAGAGUGACCCCUUCAAUAAAGCUGAUCCGUUUGGAGGAGAUCCGUUCCAGCAGAACGACCCGUUCAAAGACCCGUUCGCUAAUUCUGAUCCCUUUGGUGAAAGCUCCUCAAGUCAGUUCAAGGCCAGUCCUUUCAGCAAAAGAAUCAGCCAGACAUCAUUGAGUCCCAAACCUAAAGAUUCAGACCCGUUUGCUGCAUCAGACCCUUUCGGUAGCGACUCUUUUGGAGGGAAAGGUGGUUUUGCUGAUUUCUCUCAAAUGUCAAAGAGCUCAGAGCCUCAGAGCCGAAAGCCGACAUAUCCGCUGCCUCCUCCAAAAAAACCCGGACCGCAGAGACCAGCGCCGCCUCCUUACGGAAAGAAUUCAUCCGCCACGUUUAGCGGUUCAGGGGUUCAUAGUCAAGGUUUUGGUGCUCCAGCUGUUCGAAAGACACCCGUCUCUUCGUCCUCAACGUUACGGUCUGCGACGUUAACAGACUUUAGAGCUUUCGGAAGUGAGACACAGCAGCUGGAGUGGGCCAAGCGUGAGAGUCAGAGAGAGGAGGCGGAGCGAAUCCGGAGGCUCCGCCUACAGGAACAACAAGACCUGGAACUGGCUCUGGCUCUCAGUCGAGCUGAAAUGCCCCGAACGUGAAGCUGCAGCGUUUUUGGAUUCGAUCCUUUAAAGAAGCAAUGAAGCUUUUGCCCCAAUCACACGCUCUUCCUGAAGAUCUCUCAGGUUUGCCGUAGCCAUCGCUGAACCAAUGAAAUGCAACAAAACCAAAGGUCAAAGUUACAGAUUCACUCGACACAUUUGCUCAUGAACUGCACAAAACGCUCAACCGCUGAAUUCUGCUUUAUGAAUAUUAUAUACAGCUUUUCCAAAUACUGUAGGACCGGUCGGAGAUCUUGUAAGUCUUAAGUCAUUUAUCGAUGCAACCUCUAUCUGCAGUUGUUGGUUCUGCAAAGCAGAUUCAACCCAAAGUGCUUCAUAUCUGUGUCUUUAGGACGUUAGUUUGACUAUGAUCAACACUGUCCUUUGGUUUAAUUUUGAAAGAAUUACUAAAUGCAUCUGUAUUUACAUAUAAACCUGCAUAAUCAAUGCAUUCCUCACAGCAAAGAACAAAUCCUCCUGAAUUUAAUUUUCUUAUACUGUUAAAUAAUAUGCACGUUUUAUUAGAUGCAUGAAGAUCAAAUGAAGCAUAUUCUUUAGUUUUGAAGGAACCUGUUUUUAUGUAGUUUUUGCACUGUUUGAGAGUGAGAGAUGAUGUAAUAAUGCAUCUGAGCUGUAUUUUUUGUUUAACCCUUUAAAUGAGAUCUUCUAGAUGACAGCAGAUCACUCAAACUAAAGGAGCUCUGCCCACUUUCAUCUGGUUUUAACCCUUUUCUAGCCUUUUCUUGAAGUAUAUUUUGCCUUGAAGUGAAGCCUUAUACUGUAUAUGGAGCUUGUUCUUAUUAUGUAUUCAUAUAUUUAUUGUACAUGUGAUGCUUAACACUAAAAUCAUCAGGUUAUGGGUUGUUUAUAUGGUAAAGAAGUGAAUUUUGGGGUUUGAUUUUCUCUUUUUAUCAUUUUGAAGAUUCUACUGACCUUUAACGUGUUUGUGUUUUGGUUCUUCUGUGGAAAAGGGUUAAAAAAAAUUUUACAGAGUGCUGCUUUUCAAUGUUUUAAUAAAUGUCAAAUGUAUUUAUCUGAA